CACUCCAGCUAAGAUCUUCCACACUGUGAAGUGAACACAAAGAAAGGAGUUUCAACAAAUUGGGAGAUUAGGGGCCGGUUAUCAAAGUAGAUUUAUUGUGCCUUGUUCAAGCGAAGGAUGAAAAUACCCUGUGGGCAUGCAGAAGGGGUCAUGGGACUCCCAAAAGGAUUACCUUGAACUGGAGUCAUGAGACUUGGGCGAACAAAGACCCUGCUCACAUGCUCAUCAUAUUAACCGGCCCUCAUAAAGUGAAGAAGUUUCAUGUCGUGUGGGAUUCAAUGAGACCACUUCACUGGGAGUGCAGCACCAGGGGCAAGCUCCAGCAGAGGAGCAGCAGACUGUAGACUUCCCUUCCACUUUCAAGCCUUAACCUCCGGCAGCACUAGAGGUGGGACUCCGCAGCUCAGAGUGCACAGAGGGCUUGGAUCGAAAGGACCUUUCACAAAAGAGAAUGCGUUCACAUAUUUCCCACCAAGGACCCGACCAGAUGUGCCUGUGGUCAGCUGACGACGCAGCACGUGGCCAUCCCUCCUGGUGCCAACUCCAUAGAGGAGGCCAACCAGCUGGUACAGAUUGACACACCAAAGGACAAAUGGUCUAUGAUAAAGCACACCAGGACGUACCCAACGGACUCCUUCGGGAUAAUUGAGUUCCAGGGAGGAGGGUUCAUCAACAAGGCCAUGUACAUACGGGUUUCUUACGACACCAAGCCUGACAACCUCCUGCAUCUGAUGGUGAAGGACUGGCAGCUGGAGCUUCCCACCUUGCUCAUCUCUGUGCAUGGAGGUCUCCAGAACUUUGACCUUCAGCCAAAACUCAAGCAAGUGUUUGGCAAAGGCCUGAUCAAAGCCGCCGUCACCACCGGGGCCUGGAUCUUCACGGGUGGAGUCAACACAGGGGUGAUCCGUCACGUUGGAGAUGCCUUAAAGGACCAUUCCUCCAAGUCACGAGGAAAGGUGUGUGCAAUAGGAAUUGCUCCGUGGGGGAUCUUGGAAAACAAAGAGGAUCUCAUUGGAAAAGAUGUAACCAGACCCUAUCAGACCAUGGCGAACCCCCUGAGCAAGCUGGCUGUGCUCAACAACAGCCAUUCCCACUUCAUCCUCACUGACAAUGGAACCUGCGGGAAGUACGGCUCAGAGGUCAAACUCCGUCGACUGCUGGAGAAGCACAUCUCCCUGCAGAAGAUCAACACUCGUUUGGGUCAAGGGGUACCUCUGGUGUGCCUCAUAGUGGAGGGAGGCCCCAACGUCAUCUCCAUAGCCCUGGAGAGCUUGAGAGACGAGCCCCCCAUUCCUGUCGUAGUGUGCGAUGGCAGCGGCCGUGCGUCUGACAUCAUUUCCUUUGCGCACAAGUUCUCAGAGGACGGAGGCCUCGUUAAUGACGACGUCAGAGAUCAACUUUUAGUGACUAUUCAGAAAACCUUCAACUAUAGCAAAAGCCAGUCACAGCAGAUCUUGCUCAUGGUGAUGGAAUGCAUGAAGAAAAGGGAACUGAUCACAGUUUUUCGAAUGGGUUCUGAGGGACAACAAGAUAUUGAAAUGGCCAUCCUCACAGCGUUGUUAAAAGGCACCAAUGCUUCAGCAGCCGACCAGCUCAGUUUGGCUCUGGCCUGGAACAGGGUGGACAUUGCUCGCAAUCACAUUUUCGUUUAUGGACACAAUUUACCACCUGCCGGUGCCAUUGCCAACACUGCGACUUCCGGAGCCGUGGUCCCAGAGAAACCAAAAAGCCCGGCGAGCGCUCCCCGCAACAAGACCCGUGGCAAAAAGGGGAAGGGGAAGGGGAAGGCUAAACCCGAACCUCCAGAGGAAACUGAUCCUAGGAAGUUGGAGAUGAUUCGCUGGGUGAACUCUCUGGAGCAGGCUAUGAUGGACGCUCUGGUGUUGGACAGAGUGGACUUUGUCAGGCUGCUCCUUGAGAACGGGGUCAAUAUUCACCACUUCCUGACCAUUCCCCGACUGGAGGAACUGUACAACACGAAACUAGGUCCUCCCAAUACACUGCAUGCUGUGGUUAGGGAUGUCAAAAAGGGAAACCUUCCUCCAGACUAUCAGAUCACGCUGAUUGACAUUGGCCUGGUGCUGGAGUGUCUCAUGGGUGGAGCUUACAGGAGCAAUUACACCAGGAAGGUUUUCCGCAACCUCUACAAUAACUUAUACGGGCUAAAAAGGCCGAAAGCGCUGAAGCUUCUGGGAAUGGAGGAUGACGAACCUCGGACCAAAGGCAAGAAAAAGCCAAAAAAGAAGAAAGAGGAAGAGGUGGAAAUCGAUGUGGAUGACCCUGAGGUCUGCCGAUUCAAGUACCCCUUCCAUGAGCUGAUGCUGUGGGCGGUGCUGAUGAAGCGCCAGAAGAUGGCGCUGUUUCUCUGGCAGCGUGGAGAGGAGGCCAUGGCGAAGGCCUUGGUGGCUUGCAAACUGUUCAAGGCCAUGGCGCAUGAGUGCUCAGAGAGUGAAUUGGUGGAUGACAUCUCCCAAGAUUUGGAGAAUAACUCAAAAGAAUUUGGCCAGUUGGCCUACGAACUACUGGACCAGUCCUACAAGCACGAUGAACAAGUGGCCAUGAAACUCUUAACAUAUGAGUUGGUUAACUGGAGUAACUCCACCUGUUUGAAGCUGGCCGUGGCUGCUAAGCAACGUGACUUCAUCGCUCACACCUGCAGCCAGAUGUUGCUCACCGACAUGUGGAUGGGCUGCUUGCGGAUUGGAAAAAACCCCGGCCUCAAGGUUAUUCUGGGAAUCAUUUUUCCUCCUCUGAUUCUCCUGUUGGAUUUCCGUAUUGGAGAUGACGCGUCCUAUCAUGCACCUGGAGGCAAAGAAGACGGAAAAGAAAAGGAUGAUGACGCAAAAUCCGGCAAGGACCCAAAGAGUGAUGCAACUUCCCAAAAGGGAGAUGAAGAGGAGGGCAGCACUAAAGUCCGCAAAAUCCCCAUUGGCAAGAGAUUCUUUGAGUUUUACGAUGCACCCUUCACUAAAUUCUGGUUUAACACUAUUUCCUAUCUGGGAUAUUUGAUGUUGUACAACUACAUUAUCCUGGUGAAAAUGGAGCGAUGGCCAUCUAUACAAGAGUGGACUGUCAUAGCAUAUAUCCUCACGCUUGGUACUGAAAAAGUCAGACAGAUUCUGAUGUCAGAGCCAGGCAAACUGAAACAGAAGAUAAGUGUGUGGAUGGAGGAGUACUGGAACAUCACAGACCUGGCUGCCAUAAUCACCUUCCUCCUGGGGCUAAUGCUACGGCUGCAGCAUGAACCGUACAUGGGCUACGGCCGAGUCAUCUACUGCAUAGACAUCAUCUUCUGGUACAUUCGUGUACUGGACAUCUUUGGAGUCAACAAAUACCUUGGACCCUAUGUGAUGAUGAUAGGAAAGAUGAUGAUUGAUAUGAUGUACUUUGUCGUGAUCAUGCUGGUGGUUCUCAUGAGCUUCGGGGUGGCUCGGCAAGCCAUCCUUCAUCCAGACGAGGAGCCAACAUGGCGCCUGGCCAGAAACAUCUUCUACAUGCCCUACUGGAUGAUCUAUGGAGAGGUUUUUGCAGACUCGAUAGACCGUAAGACUAGAAUUCAUAUCUAUGCAAUGGAAAUCAACCCUCCUUGUGGCGAACAUCUAUACGAUGAGGAUGGGAAGAAACUGCCUCCAUGUAUCCCCGGCGCCUGGCUCACACCUGCUAUUAUGGCGUGUUACCUUCUCGUGGCAAACAUUCUUCUUGUCAACUUGCUCAUUGCUGUCUUCAACAACACCUUCUUCGAAGUCAAGUCCAUUUCCAACCAGGUGUGGAAGUUUCAGAGAUACCAGCUGAUCAUGACUUUCCAUGACCGCCCCAUCCUGCCUCCACCCCUCAUCAUCUUCAGCCACCUCUACAUCCUCUUCAGCAGGCUGUUUCGACGAUGUGCCAGGAAGAGGCAGGAGGGAGAGCUGGAUGAGAAGGACCGGGGCCUCAAGCUGAGGUUAAAUCCAGAGGAGCUAAAAAAUCUGUAUGAGUUCGAAGAGCAGUGCGUGGAGGAAUAUUUCCGUGAGCGAGAGGAUGAGCAGCAGUCUUCCAGUGACGAACGCAUCAAAGUUACUUCAGAGAGAGUUGAGAACAUGUCCAUGCGUCUGGAGGAGGUGAAUGAGAGGGAGAACACGAUGAAGGCCUCCCUGCAGACGGUGGAUCUGCGCCUGGCCCAGCUAGAGGAGAUCCACGGACGUAUGGCAGUCGCUUUGGAGAAGCUUGCGGGCGUGGACAGACUGGAGCUGACCAGAACCUAUUCACGAAACUCAUCUGUGUGUGACCCUUCUUCUCUCCUCCGCCAGGGCAGCAUUAACAGUGCCGAUGGUUACAGUCUUUACCGCUUCCACAUGGACAUGGAAGAGUUCGCAUCCAAGCAGCACACAGAUGAGACGGCGAAAACUGGUCUAGAAAGAGAGCGGAGUCUGCGGCAAGCCUCCAGCACUUGCAAUCUUGCCGCCAAGGACGCCGGUCAGACCUUAGAGGUUGGUGGUUUGCAGGUAUCUCGACCCAGCUCAUGUGUGGAUAUACUUAUAUCUCCAUGUGAACCAAAGGCUGCUUCUGUGGCAUCAAGUCAAGAGACCUUAACGAAUGUGAAACAAGGCAGCACGAUGCUCCUCAACAGACUAUCAGACAAAAACAGACUGAGGCCGUCAUCCCCUCCAAAAAGGACUAAAUCCUUGAGAUACUAUCCAGUUGAAGAUCAACCCGCCUCUCCAUUGACAAAGAGGAGGGCUAUGAGCACCAUCAAUGUUAACCCGUCUGAUGAACCGGAGAAAGCUGCUGAGCCUUCAGAGAAGGCCAAACUGCCUCUAGGCACCUCCUCUUCUCCAAAGAGAACAAAAUCUCUGAAAUAUAUUCCUAGUGAAAACCAAAGCCAGAUCUCUCCUAUCACAAAGAAGCGGGCCAUGAGUGGCAUUGUCUACAACCCCGCCGAGGCAGGGGAUGAUGAGCAGCAAAAUGCAGAGUACAGAUCACUGGUAGAGCAGGCCACCAAAAGUCCAAAUCAGUGGCCAGAAAAUUUGGAGUAUCAAGUGCAUCCCAGCACUUUAGGCCACAUGCCAAAAGUAUCUACAGUCAAGAGUCUUGCCCAGCAGUUUCAAGGUGCGGCUUCACCAGCAGAGCUUAAAAAGCGAAAAGAUGCCAUUCCUCCAGAAAGUAAGGGGACACCCCCGGCAACGGAGCCUGCGGAAGACCAAGAAAAAGUGAAGGCUAAGAGAAAUCUCUCUGACAACACGGAGUAUCUGACUGUAGCAAAUGAAAAGUAUUUGCCGUCUCACAGGUCGCAGAGCUGGAAUGCCAGCGACAGGAAAACAAAGCCCUUGGUUGUGAGCAAGGAGCCCAGAGCCUCUAGCAGUGAAAGAGAUCUUGUUGAAGCAAGCAUGGCGUCAGCUGCUGGACUGGGGGAUGAGGGGAAAAAGGUAGAGGCCGGGAAGAUAAAAGAUGAUGUCUAGAAGUAGAAAUGUGAGGCCAAAACACAAGAAAACUAAGCAUAAUAGAUGGAUGCCAACCUCUUUCAAUGAUUCAGCCACUGUUGGAUGUCAGAGCAAGGUAGUGAUAAUCAACACUCUCUUGUAAAGAUCCGCUUUCUUCACCGUCUUUACUUGUCAUUGGUGUAACAUACAGUAGCUCACAAAGAUAACCAGUCACAUUACAGCUUUUCCCCAAUCAUUGUGUUUUCAUGUUGGAGGUGUAAAGAGAACCCGUCGAACGCCUACCGUCUCUACAGGAGAAAAGUAAAGUAUAAACACGGUUAGUUGUGCUGACAUAUUAUACACUUAUGUGAAUGGUAAAAACACGAACGUCCUAUAUAUUGUUGACAUUUUUCAAAUAUCGCCUGUAAACACGUUCUUUUGAGAUACUUGUGUGCUUAAUAAUGACCCCUCAGAGCUUUCAUGCAAAUACUCAUAAUAAUACAAUACAAUAUGUAUUAAGCACAGGUUCCAAGACACAAACAAUCCUUUUGCGCAGUUUCAUUUUGACACUAAAACCUGUAUAAAUAAUGGUUCUAUUAAAAAAGAAUAAAUAAAAGUAAGAGAAUAAAGUGGA